GGGUCAUCACAUUAAACAAAUAUUGUGGACAUGACCAUAAACCAAACAUUUACACAAUCAAAUAUAAAUUGAAGCUCUGAAGACAUCUUCAUUCAGUUGUUCGGCCUCUUCUAAGUAUACAGACCAUGUGGGCCCCUCUGACUUUCGUUUUCCUCGCCGCCUUCAUCACGGGUACUUCCAGUGACUGCAACAGAAAUCUCAUUCCAGAUUUGAGUUACAAACUCAGUGGUACCAACCUCGCCUUUCCGUGCGAAGCCACUAAAAACAUCUACCUCCAGACUGGUCGCUACGUACCCAAGAAUGUGAUCGGUACCAAAAUCCAGAUCUUUAAAGACGACGCAAUUGUAGCCCUGCCUCGAUUCAAGCACGGAGUCCCUUUCACCUUAGCUAAAUUUUCUCUAAAAGGUCGCGGAUGUCACGCAACCCUUCAACCUUUCCCUUGCUGGGCUAUUCAAGAAGAAGGCAACUGCGAUGCUCUCCAGAACGUCGUUGACAUCUUCCUAGACCCUCUGGACCUCCUCUGGGUCCUGGAUUUGGGAAUUACGAACACGCUGGAACAACCGGUCAGACGUUGCCCUCCGAAAAUCAUAGGUGUGAACGCCGCCAACGGCCAAGUUAUCAAAAACGUGGACUUGUCACCUUUCAUGGCCCCCGAAAGUCGCUUCCAGUCCAUGAUCGUUGACUACGACAAGGAUGGUAACGCUUUCGUGUACGCCAGUGACGCUGGAGCUGGAGGAAUACUGGUUUAUGAUGUUUUCGGCGGGAAAGGGUACCGGGUGGUACUACCACCUGCCGUGAGCGCCGGUGGUGCUAAAGACGUCUUGUACUUAGCGCUAGCGCGAAAAUCAUGCGGUAACGUUUUAUAUUUCACGUACUUGUCAUCCCCCAGGCUGUUCAGUAUCAAAGUUUGCUACCUACAGAACGGACAAGCUAAUGGUGCUAUUGUCGACGUUGGCGCUAAGCCUCCGGGUACUAAGAUCGUUCUUUUGGGCACUGAUAACGGUGCAGCUAUUUUCUUUAGAUACAAGGGAGAGUCGGAUAUUUACAUAUGGAACACCGAUACGGCUUUCAGACCUGAGAACUUUUUGUUGGUACAGAAAGGUGGUGACUGUAGAUUGGCUACACAGGUGGUACCGGGGUACAAGAAGCUCAUGUGGGCUAUUGAGAGUAACUUUCAUGAUUAUAUUUGCAAUACUGUUGGGUGUUUGGGGGCGUCUAUGGCUGUACAUCCCCUUAUCAAAACUUGCGAUUGA